AGUUUUCCUCUUUCUUCUUGUCCUCCUUCCUCUUUCCUCUUCUUCUUCUCUUUCUCUCUCUAAAAUCUUCAAUUGGCUUUGCUCGCCGGAAAAUCUUCCGUCGCGAUCGGAGCAAUCGGAGCGGCGAAUUGCCGGUGACGGAAUCGCGGAGGUUCACGGCGAGGUAAGAUUUUUGAAAUCUUCCUUAGCCGUUUUAAUCGUAGUCGCCGAUUGGUUUUUCUUUUGUGCAAUUCGAUUUUUUUUUAAGCUCUGGGGAGAUUUAAGGUUCAGAUCUGGUAGAUUCGGAUUUCUCUGAGGAAUUAGGGUUUGCCGGUGGAAUUCGAUUGUCGAAUUUUGGGUAAUGGAAGGGUAGUUUUGAAACAUUGGGGGAUUUUUGUUUCUAUUUGCCUGUGGUUUAUGUAGAUGGAGGAAGGUGUGAGAUCCGGAGGGUCUUCGGGGAUUGUGGUGAAGAAUAGGAACUCGUCAGGUUGUUUGAUUGUGAGAAGGAAAGGAGAUGCCUUAGCCGGUGGACUUGUUUCUUCGAGUUCUCGGAAAGUUUCCGAAGCGAAGAAGGAGAAGAAGAGAGGGAGAUUGAUUUGUAGCGACUCAGGGUCUAGCGAUGAGCUAUUGAUCCCCCAUCGAAGAAGAGUAGGUCCGGAAACCAUUCGGGUAUGCAAUGAUUUAAGCUCUUUUGGAAAGGGUGUUGUGGAAGAGAACGAAAUCGGUAGGAAGAGAGAAAGGUUGGAGCAGAAUCGGCAUAAUGAGGAUGGUUUCUUUGGUAAUAAUGGUUUAGAUGAGAGUGAAAGAAAGAUAGGUAAGUUGGAUGUAUUUGACUUUAACGAGUAUGAUGAAAGCGGCGUUGGUUUUGGGGGAAUAAGGUUUUCGGGAUCAAUGCACAUGGCUCGGAGUGGUGCUGAGAGGGAAUUUGAAACUGGAUCGAGCAGACAUCUGGUGGACAAUAGAAGGAAUUUAUAUUUUGAAAGAAUGAACAGCAUGAACCGGGGAAGCCAUACAGGUAAGAGCAGGUUUGAGAUCAAUAGGGAGGGAGCCCAGGUCUCCUUAUUGAGAGAUAAGUUCACAGGUCAUUCAGAUCAAGCCAUUAGGCUUCAAGGGAAAAAUGGUGUUUUGAAGGUGAUGGUGAACAAGAAAAAGUGUAUGAGUGGGCCACCAGAAAGGUAUAAUUUUCUCAAACCUGAGGAAUGCCAAAAGGUUUCAAGAAUGGAAGAUACUGCCAAGAAAAAUGCUCCAGUUCCUCCUUUCUACUUGGAAGAAAAUAUUCUUGAGAAGCCAGGUUCAGUUGCUAGGUCAGAAAAGAAGCAUAAGAGUUCUCGGAAAUCAUUGCCUACAAAAACCAGCAAGAACUCCAAUUGCGACUCAGAGGAUAGUGAUGCAUCUUUGCAGCGGGAAGCGGAGAAUGUAGCAGCUAAUAAAUCUUCGAAGAGGAUAAGUUGUGAAGCUGAAGAUCCUCCUUCAUGUGAAAAGCUCCAACCAAAUAGCAUUAAAGAGGGGAAACUUAGACGUGGCAGUGGCACAGAGAAGCAAAAGCUUCGUGAACGGAUAAGGGGGAUGCUUGUGGAUGCAGGCUGGAAGAUCGAUUAUCGGCCAAGAAGGAACCGAGACUACCUAGACGCAGUAUACAUCAACCCAUCAGGAACAGCUUACUGGUCCAUUAUCAAGGCCUACGACGCACUUCAAAAGCAAGUAAAUGAUGAGGAAAACGAGGUUAAACCUAGUGUGGAUGGGUCAGCAGCUAGACUUAUUGCUGACGAGGACCUUAGUCAAUUAACAAGAAAAACUAGAAAGAAGAUGGAGAAGGAAAUGAAAAGAAAGCAAAGAGAUAGAAGUGAGAGCGAGAAUGCAAGAGAAAUUCGUGGGAAAAGAUCUACAAGUGCUAAGCAUGAUUCAGAAAGCAUGGACAGCGAUAGUCAUGAUGAUAAACUAAGCACUUUCAUGAAGCAGGGUGGCAAGUCAUUCAAGGGUAGAACAAACGAAAAUGGCUUUGCGAGUGUGAACUCAAACGGUCGAAACUAUACCCAGCAUUUGCAUGAUAGUGGUGAAAGAUCGGCCUCUGGAUCCAAUCCUCGUAUGCUACAUGGAAGAAAAAGUAGAAAAGAUGGACGAUGUACUUUGUUGGUUCGUAGUUCUGGCAAGGGGCUUAAUUCAGAAACUGAUGGCUUUGUUCCAUAUACUGGAAAAAGGACACUGCUUUCCUGGCUGAUUGACUCAGGAACUGUGCAGUUGAGCCAAAAAGUGCAGUACAAGAAUCGCCGAAGGACGAAAGUAAUGCUGGAGGGUUGGAUUACAAGAGAUGGCAUUCAUUGUGGUUGCUGUAGUAAAAUACUCACCAUCUCAAAGUUUGAGAUUCAUGCUGGAAGCAAACUGCGUCAGCCAUAUCAAAAUAUAUUUUUGGAUUCAGGGAUUUCCCUUUUGCAGUGCCAGAUAGAUGCAUGGAAUAGACAAGGGGAUUCAGAACAUAUUGGUUACCACUCUGUAGACACUGAUGGUGAUGAUCCAAAUGAUGAUACUUGUGGUAUCUGUGGAGAUGGUGGGGAUUUGAUCUGCUGUGAUGGUUGUCCAUCAACAUUUCACCAGAGCUGCUUGGAUAUACAGAUGCUUCCCCCUGGAGAUUGGCAUUGUCCAAAUUGCACUUGCAAAUUUUGCGGGAUUGCUAGUCAAAAUGCUGCUGAAGAGGACGAUACAAUUGAUUCUACAUUACUUACUUGCAGUCUCUGUGAAAAAAAAUAUCACAAUUCAUGUGUUCAAGAUAUCGAUGUCAAUUCUGUUGAUUCCAGUAUCAUAGACUCUUCUUUUUGUGGGCAGAAAUGCAAAGAGCUCUUUGAGCAUUUGCAGAAGUAUAUUGGUAUAAAACAUGAUCUGGAAGCUGGGUUUUCAUGGUCUCUUAUUCGUAGAACAGAUGAAGAGACUGAGAUCUCUCAUCGUGGGGUUCCCCAACGUGUAGAAUGCAAUUCAAAGCUUGCUGUUGCUAUGACUGUUAUGGAUGAAUGUUUCUUGCCCAUUGUUGAUAGGAGGAGUGGGAUCAAUUUAAUUCGUAAUGUUCUAUACAAUUGUGGAUCGAACUUCAAUAGAUUGAAUUAUGGUGGCUUCUGUACUGCUAUUUUGGAGCGGGGUGAUGAACUAAUCUCUGCUGCAUCUCUCAGGUUCCAUGGGACUAAGUUAGCUGAGAUGCCAUUCAUUGGAACUCGCAAUAUAUAUAGGCGUCAAGGGAUGUGCCGUCGGCUUUUCUGUGCCAUUGAAUCAGCUCUCUGUUCUCUCAAGGUUGAGAAAUUGGUAAUCCCUGCAAUUUCUGAACUUGCGCACACGUGGACAACAGUUUUUGGUUUUACUCCUCUUGAGGAAACGCUAAAACAAGAAAUGAGGUCUAUGAAUAUGUUGGUGUUCCCUGGGAUAGACAUGCUACAGAAGAUCCUGGGGGAGCAAGAACAUGAGGCUAACAUGACUUCCAGCGGAGUAUGUACGAAGCAAACGGAAGGCAAAGGCAAGCAAUGUAUUAAGCCAGAGGUGCCACUUAAACCAGAUAUUGAUUCCUCAACUAGGAAUGAGGCAACGGAGGAAGUUGCUCAAGUACAAUCUGGUUCCAGGCGUGCAGAUCGUGCCAAUGAGAGAACAGAGGAAGUAGCUGCUGCAGAAUCUAGUCCCAAAAGUGUGGAUCAUGCAAAUGAGACAAUGGAGGAAUUAGCUGCCGUAGAAUCUAGUCCCAAAACCGAGGAUCAUGCCGAUGAGACAAUGGAGGAAGUUGCUCAAGUAGAAUCUGGUUCCAAGUGUACAGAUCAUGCCAAUGAGACAGUGGAGGAAGUAGCUGCUGUAGAAUCGAGUCCCAGAGGUGUGGAUCAUGUCGAUACGAUGGAGGAAGGAGCUGCCAUAGAAUCUAGUCCGAAGGGUGUGGAUCUUGGCAAUGAAACAAUGGAGGAAGGAGCUGCCAUGGAAUCUAGUCCGAAGAGUGUGGAUCUUGCCAAUGGAACAACAGAGGAAGUUGUUGCUAUUGAAUCUAGUACCAAAAGUGUGGAUCAUGCCAAUGAGACAACAGAGGAAAUUGCUGCAAUAGAAUCUAGUACCAAAAGUGUGGAUCAUGCUAAUGAGACAACAGAUGAAGUUGCUGCUGUAGAAUCAGAGUCCAAUCCUUCUGUAGAAUUGGAGUCCAAUGAUACUGUGAUGAUGAGUGUUUCAGUGAAUGUUUCUCUUGAACUUGAGAAUCCAGAUGGAACGACAUGUUCUGAAUCUCCUUCUGGGCCCAUAAUUUCUAGAAUUAAAAGUCUUUCCCCAUCUAAAACGAGUCAUGAUGCUGCAGCAAUAGAAAAUAAAUUGGUGCCAGAUCCUCUGCUCGAAGAUAACUCCAAGUCUUUUAUUCAAUGCCGGGGUGCUUUUACAAAAGAAACUUCCUUAUUGAGCAGUUCCGUUGAAGCUUCUCAUGAGCUUAAAACUCAAGUUCCACGGGACGGGACUAUGUUUUCUGAAACUCAGCGUGAGGGAAAAUGUGUUUCUGGAAGUGAAAGCCUCUCUCCACCUGAUGGUGGUGGGCUACAUGUGGAACAUAAUCAAGUUUUCAAUUCUGUGAAAGAGAAUACAGAUUCUUUAAAAGAUGAUGUAAUGGAUAAUUCCCACAAAAUGAAGUUCGAAAAUGCCUGUUCUGUACCUGCUUCUGCAGGGAAAACUUUUGCAGAUCAGAUAUCUGAGGAAGUGAUGGAAACAACAGACGUCUCAGCAUCUAGUUCCAGUGGUCAUACUGGAAGUUCCUUGCCAGUUAAAUCUGAUUUGGAUUUUGGAGAAAACCCACAUGUGGCUUCUGAUUCGAUGAAUUGUGAGUAAAGUAUUUUUCACUGCAGUUAGUGAUUGUUACAGUCUUACAGAGCUAACGAACUUGAAAGAGAAUCUAAAUCUGGUUCCAUAGAUAUGUAUAUGCCAUCUUUUCCGAACUGCUUGCCAGUGCAGGUGAUAUCUCAUAAUAGGAGGUUUUCAUUCUUUCACAGUUUUCAGGGUCUUGGAGUAACAUUUAAUGCUCAAUUCUAGUUGUAUGAAUAAACGGUAUUGACUAUGGAAAAAUCUUCCAGUCCUGGCUAAAUUUCACGUUUAAGGUACUCGGUGAGUUCUGUGGAAUUGCAAAAUGCACUUCCAACACCUGUAGCACAGUGCAAUGUACUAUUAAGCAGAGGAUGAAGUCGCAGCCAUGGUCCUGUGGAUGCAAACCUAAAACACGGGAGCUAAUCUUUCAUGUGCCUUUCUGUGUCUCUGAAUCUGCCGGUUGUCAAAGGUGGAAGUUUCUCUUUAAUGUCUGCUCGCACCGACUUCAAGUGAUUCUGCUUGUCACCUGCACUUCAAGUGGUUGCAGUAUAAUCGAUUUUAGCAGGCUUUAGAGGUAAUCAUAACUUUUAUCCUUAGCAGCUGUGGAGAAUGAUCACGAAGACCAAAUUCGGUUACCACACUUUAAUGGAAGCAACAAGCUGAUUCUCUUCAUGGUAUGUCAAGUACCUAAUUCCGGAGAAUUUGGCUGCGUUCAGGAUUCUGCAGAGUUGAUGUCUUGAGCACGGGUCAGGUUUCGGAAAUUUUGAGAUUGGGGGUUAAUUUUUGUUCAUGGGUAAGUUUUAAUCAUAUUUAAUGCAUUAUUUUGAAUUAGAUUUCUGCAGGUGUUUUUCACAUCUGUAGACUUUUAUUGGACAGUGAGAGUCAUGUGUCUUGCUAGAUAUGAGCAUUCCGAUGUAUAUGGCUAUUUCUCUCAAUUUUUAGAUCGUCAAGGUUUGGUCAUUUAACCUCUCUUUUAUAUUCUACUGUGACCGAGGAAUUGUUUAUUUUAA